GAAAAGACCAUGUUUUAUUAAACUAUGAUAUAUAUAGAUAGUUUUCUGAUUCAGCACCUAAGGCUGCAAUAGGUAGGUACGAGUAACUAGUGUUAACCACAAAUGAAUGGUAAAUGCAGAAUUCUGAAAAAAACUUGUAAAUAAGUACUUCCCCACCAAUUGUUUCAAAACUGUCAGCUACCAACUACCAUUGCAUACAGGGAAACUCAAGUGAAACAUUGUUUUCAAAACAACGCCUGGAUUGUGACACACUUUCUGUCUGGUCGGAGAGCACAAUGGUUGUGGCGCUGAGCCGGAGGAGUUCCAGUCGUAUUCUCGCCACUCUAUUGCUGAUGCACGCACUAGUGAACAUUACUAUGUGCCACGAAAAAACUCUUCGAAAGAUGGUUCGAAACCAAUCCAAAAUGGUACAAAGACCUUUUGAGGAUAAGAGCAUAGUGUCUACAUCAGGCAUGACUGGACAUUCAUAUCUUAACCCGUUGAAUAUCCACCCAGCGAGCUCCAGCAGGACCGUACCCGUGAGGAGUCAGCAGCUCCGUCGUGUGUCCUUGGUUCCUUCGGCAAUAGACAGUACACGCGGAAAAGUAAUCUCCCGAAUUAAGACAUCGCAAGCUGAAAAUGUACAAACCAUUGAUCUUAGAUCGACCAGAAACAUAUUUUUAAAUACGUCCAAGAUAAUGCCUCAAACAUUUGACUUGUAUUCCUUAGAACAUAAUAAAAACAAAGAAAAUGACUCGACUUGGGAAAAUACAAAAAGCAUUCGUCAAAAACCCUCUCCUUUCUUUCCUGCAGUAGACGAGAACAACUUGCAAAGAAUUGAAUCUCAACCGCAUGCGAAGGAAAUGAUAGUCAUUCCCAUUCCUGAACGGCAAGGGAAAUAUGAGCCCGACGAUGCGCUACUUGUAAAAGGAAUAUUUCGGGCAAAAGCGACGAGUAUAAAACCCAGUGUAAACAUUGAACCAAAUGAAAACCGGCAAACAACACUACUGGAGUCUGAUACCCAAAAACUAGACUAUUAUAUGGAAGUAACUACAAAUUUGUCCAGCAACGAUGGUUACAAUAUGUCAAUUGAGGGACUUCCCAUAUGCGCGUCCAUCGAAUCAAUUAGGUCAAAUAUUGACGCACAAAAGAAAUUUACCGAAUUUGAUAUAGAGCCUUCCUGGAUGAAGAAACGACAUUUUUGGAAUAAUAUUUAUAACAGUCGCUACGAAUUUCUAAUGAGAAAUUCAAAAUGGCCGCCAUUAAAGGUUAUACUAGUACCUCGCUCACAUGUUAAUACUAUUUGGAAGAACACUUUUGAGCAUUAUAACAAUAACUCUGCCCACAAAAUCAUUUCUAACAUCGUGAAGAAGAUGAACUUAUAUCCUAACUUAACUUUUACUUGGAAUGAAAUAUCCCAUUUAAGUAAAUGGUGGAAAACGACCACCCAGAAAAACCGCGUGGGUUUUCGGAAAUAUGUAAAAGCAGGAAGAUUAGAAAUAACUACGGGAGGUUGGGUCGAAUCUGACGAAGCAACAACCCAUGUAUUCGGCCUCGUGCAUAAUCUGAUUGAAGGACACCAGUGGCUCGCGGAGCACCUAAACUUUGCGCCGGACGUGGCGUGGCUCACCAACAGUGUCACCCACAGUCCCACACUGGCCUAUCUAUUGUCUGCGUCGGACAUAACUAAAUUGAUCUUCACCAAUGUUCAUUACUCGUGGGAGGAGUAUUUUGCAGAGUAUCAAAUAAGCGACUUCGUUUGGGUUCAAAACUGGAUCAGUGAAGGAUCAUAUUCGUCAGAGCUUAAUAAACUAUUAAAACAAUUAGGACAGUAUCGUUAUCCCAGUAAUUCGGUACUAUCACACUACUUACAGUUUAACACGGACGGAUUUGGAGCGUGUGGCCCAAAUAAACAAUUAUGUACCAUUGAUUUUGAUUUCUUCAAACAUGCCCAACCUUGGCAUAUACACGGAUACAACGUCAAAGAGAAGUCCGAAUUAAUUCUCGAGCAAUAUUCGAAGACCGGGACCCUGACACCCCAUAAUGUCAUUAUUGCUCCAAUUGGAGGACCCCAUCAUUUCGCAGCUCAAGAGGAGGUUGAUUACCAGUACAAUAAUUACGAAAAAAUUGCUGAAUUUAUCAAUGUUAAUCGCGAUCUUUACAAAGCUACUAUUGAGUUUGGUACGCCAAUGGAUUAUUUUAAUUCAAUCUUAAAAAGAGAUGUAAAGUAUCCAAGUUUAAAAGGAGAUUUUUUAAAUUUUGCCGAUUUGGAAAAUGGCAUCCCGGCGUAUUGGACAGGCUAUUUCACAUCCAGACCUUUACUUAAAAUAUUACUAAGGCGUCUUCAAGCAACCUUAAGAUCUUCAGAAAUAUUGUUUUCAUUUGCGCUAGCUGAUUCGACAAACCAUAGCCAAGAUAUUGAUGUAAAUAUAAUUGAGCUAUUAACUAAAAGUAGAGAAACCGUCGCCCGAUUAUUAGAUCGCAACGUGAUAGGAGGCACCCUGUCUAGUAAUGUGCUCCGAUACGUGCACGAGAAUAUUCGGACAACAGUGAACGACUGCUGGAAAAUACAGGAGGCCAUGGUUAGUUUGUUCACUACAAAUAAGACGAGAAAAACCCCUUAUUUGAGGAAGUACGUGUAUCGAGACGGUGAGUUCAUAUCAAUAUUUAGAACUAUCAGUCCAGGCGAUAACGUGUUAGUCUUUAAUUCUUUAAGCCAUGAGAGAUACGAGAUAAUAGAACUGUUCACAAAAAUACCAAACAUCAGAAUUAUUGACCACAACAAAAAAGAUGUCCCAGUCCAGGUCAAUCCUGUGUGGAAGUACAACCUUAAUAAUGUUGUUAUAUCUAAACAAUUCUUUAAAAUAGUUUUCGCCGUUCUUAUCCCUCCGUUGACAAUUGAACUCUUCAAAGUAAAGGAAACGUCUAUUACAACUCUUAAUGCAGCCACGAUAUAUUGCUUACAUUGCAUUGUAGAAGAAGACAUGAAUAGUGGAUUAUAUUUUCCUUUUAUUAUUCAGCCUAUUGAACAAGGGGAUGUUCAGCUGGAAAGUUAUAAGCAUCGUCUAGUAUUUGACGAAACCACUGGGUUUUUAAAAAUGGUCGUAGAGAAAGACACCUAUACGGUAAAGCCAGUUGUGAUCGAUUACGGAGCAUUUACAGGAUCUGACGUAAAUUCUGGGAUGUUUUUACUUAACACUAAUACGACAAAACCAACUCGAGAUAUAUUGAAACCAUACAGAACAACAAAAAUAUUAAUGAUAUUGACUGGACAACUGAUCACUGAAUUUACUUCAGUAUACGGACACCUGCUACACCACACUGUCAAAUUAUUUAAUGUACUUAACAGCCCCUUAUCGAACGCCAUUUUCAUCGAAAGUAAAGUAGAUUUAGACGUAUCACCAAGUCACAGAGAUUUAGAAUUAUUUAUGUCAAUACAAACGGAUAUUAAUAACGGUAAUCCUCCAGAGAUCUAUAUUGAUAAUAACGGAUUUCAAUACACACCUCGUACUAUUAAUUUAAAUAGACGCAUUGAAUCUAAUGUGUAUCCUAUAACGACACUAAGCUACAUCCAAGACCGAAAGCAACGCUUAACUGUUAUUACUGACCAUGCCCAAGGAGUGAGUGCACUGCAAGAGGGACAGAUAGUUGUGAUGCUGGACAGGAGGGUCCUCUUCGACGACGGCCGGGGGGCCAAUGAAGGGCUCGCUGACAGAGGCGCUACGUACCAAAGACAUUACAUCCUACUGGAAAACUUCAGCCAAACAUCUAAAUAUUACCCCGGGUCCCAUUCAAAAUCUGUUCAAUUACCCAGUUACAGGGCUAAUUAUUUAUCAAAUACUUUAAAUUACGACACAGACAUUUUUAUAAUAGACAAAAAUGUGACUGGGUAUUGCUUAUACGCUAUCAUUCCUUUAAUUAAGGCGACAUAUCCAUGCGACGUCUUUUUACUUAGUUACAGAGCAUUUUUGGACGGCAUUACUUCAAAACGUUCGUCAACAAAUGCAGGUUUGAUGAUUUUGCAAAGACAAAGCUUCACUUGUCAGAUAAAUUAUGAGUCACUGGUACACUGUAACGUAGAUCCUAAUCUCUCCAUACAGAACAUACUUCCGGCCGCAAAAACAGUUUUUAAAACUAAUUUAGCAGGUACAAACCAGGGAACCCGUUUAAAAUAUGUGAAUCUACAAAUGUUUCAGCCAUUGGAACUAUUAACUUUAAGAAUACAUUCAUGAAACUAUACCAGCUAGACCUUCUCUCAUUUGUGUUAGAGAUGAUUAAGUCAAUAGAAUCUUCUUAUAUAUGUCGGCGGCCGAUCGUAAGAUCAGGCAUAUCGUGAAAUUCCUAGGCAUAUCGUGAAACGUGAAAAUCUUUGACUCAUUCUCUGAGUCGAUGGAGCCCCGCUACGCGGGGCUCCUAUUUCUGGGCAGUUUGCCCUUCGGGCAUAUGAAGCAACCUAACGAACCUAUCCUACCUAUGGUUUAAUGUGACUAUCGUCAAAACAUUAGACAGGAACAUUACGAUCUGCCUAAUCUUACGAUCGGCCGCCGAUAUUAUAUACUUAAUCAAAAUGUGUGCUUUAACACCGCAGUAGUUAGGAAUUAGGUAGGUCGAGAAUUUUGAAUACGUUAGGUAUUAAGCCAUGCGUAGGUAGACUAGCAAGAACUGCAUGCAAUUUACGUUUCAUUGCCGACUACUAUAAAGUAAACUGCAAUCAAUAAGCUUGAUCAGAUACCGCAAUGUAAUGAAAAUUGCAUGCAAGUUCUUGUCAGUCUAUACCUCGCUUUAGACCUACACUGUUCGCAUUAUGUAAUUCAGUGCAACAGCAAAGAGUAUAAUUAUUAUUCUUCCAGUUCCAAAUACCCUCAGUAGUUUUAAAUUUAAAUAUAGGGAUGAGCCCUAUAUUGAGACGAUAUUACUUAAUUAUUUUAUUUAUAUACUUAUUUGUUAUCAUUAUCAAUUAACGGUGCCAUGUUUGUUUGUAUUUUCUUAAGUAAGUAUAUAUAAGUUUUACCUGCCCUAAAACUAACCCAGGCUACCUACAAUCGUAUGAACAUUGGUAAACGUGCUAAUGUGUUUUGAUGUGCAUUAAAUAUUCUCGUUUUCAUUGGUCUGCUGUGGUGUCAAAAAAAAUUCGGCUGUUUCAUACAUUAUGGCUGGUCCAUUUUCCAUGGGAGGGUAAAUUUGAUUUCGGGGUUGGUCCUAUUGGCACAGAAUAAAGAAUAGUACUGGUACAGAAGACUCACUCUCUAACAAAACGCGUCUGUUAUAUACGAUCAGCACAGAUAGACAGACAGCUAGGUGGCGACAGCGCCACGCGCGGCUU